CUGAUAAACAGCUGGAAUAUUUUUUCAUAUUUUUUAUUGCACAAAGCUGUAUAAAUAACAAUCUGCAAAUUCACCGAAUUUACAAAUAAGUUACGCACAUAGCCUUAACUUAGUUGUUUGAACUUUAACCCUAACAGUCGGUACUUGCAAACUACAAUAUUAAAAUCCGUAUUAGCAGAACUCUUUCGGGGUAAAAUUAGUUGGCUAAAUGGCGCAUCGUCUCCGGUUUCUCAAUUCGAAGAAAACUCUGUUUCUGCUAUGUGACAUUCAGGAGAAAUUUCGCCCAGUCAUUCCGUUAUUCGAAGGCUUGUUGAAAAAUGCGGAUAAGUUAACGAAGGCCGGUAAGGAAUUUCAAAUUCCAUUAAUAGUAUCGGAGCAAUACCCGGAAAAGUUGGGCAACACCGUUUGCGAGUUGGACAUCGCACAUGCUGAAGCUGUUAUAACUAAGACACAGUUUAGUAUGCUUGUUCCGGAAAUGGAAAAUAAAAUUAAAGCAUUAUACGGCGAGAGACCUUGCGAUGUUGUACUCUAUGGAUUAGAGUCUCAUGUUUGUAUAGAGCAAACAGCAAUCGAUUUCUUGAAUAACGGGAUUAAUGUUUACAUUGUGGCUGAUUGCUGCACGUCACGCUUGAAUCAGGAUCGUGACUUGGCUUUGGAUCGUUUGCGGAGCGCUGGCUGUGUGAUUACAACCAGUGAGAGCAUUAUUUUUAAUUUGUUGCGUGACAAAAACAAUCCCAAAUUCAAUGCCAUUAGAAAACUGGUCAAUCCUCCAUCCAUAGAUAUGCAAUUGGCCAAAUCUGGAUCUGGUGGUUCUAAAUUAUAAAUUACUCGUAAGUAAUUGUACAUGAGCAUUUAUUAAUAGCAGCUAGAACGUAUGUGAAAUUAUGGUUAUUGUUAGAAUAUUUGUGAUCGAGAAAAAUGUCAAACUUUUUUAUAAAAUCGAUGUGGAGUGAUGCUUAUUUUACGCGUAUUAUCAAUAUUGUAAAAUCCUAAUUGUAGAAAUAAAUAAUUGAUCCAUGUAUUCAUCGUGAA